AUGGCUCUUCCCUGGACCAACUACUGUUCUACUACUGGCCAACCUCAUCCUGCUCAUUAUCAACAGUGUCCGACCUGCCAGACAAUCAAUCCUGUACCUAAGCGGACUGCUCAUGUUGAUCUUACUGCAUCACCUGAGCCACAACCUGUACAAUCUGGCUUGUACAUACAGACUACCUCAUCUGGUGUUGCUCCUCGUACGGCAGUAUUUGGAGGAGAGAAUGUCCGCCAGAAUGCGCUCUUACACAAGAAGACUUCAAAAGAGCCAGCUAUUAUAAAGAUUAUUAUUCAUUUCUAUCUGUGCAACGUACAGGAAGGGGAAUCUAAAGAUAAACAGGUACAGACUUAUAUCAAUAACUACAUACUUCAUGGCCUCAAUGACUUCCUCCGAGAUGAACUGCUUCCCUCAAUGACUGGCUGUACAUAUAUACGCAGCACUGGGAAUCGCUUCCGUUUAUCAACAGGGAUUAUACAGAAGCAACCAGUCUUUCUGUCUCCAACAGCCAGAGGCAAUGUGAAGGUCCUAGACUUCUUGAAGAAGUGGUUCACACAUACCCAUGGAUCAUACCAGGUCUAUGUGAUCAUUCAGCGUCAAGGAGAAGAAGAUCAAAAAAGAGAACUCAUUGAAAAGAAGAAGUCAGUUGUACGAGAGGGAUCGACCGUACAAGAAGAUCAGGAUGAUCUUGAUGCUCUGGAUACUGAGAUAGAGGCUUUGGAUACUUCACUAAAGCAUCAGCUAUCCCAGUCUCCCUCUCCACCUCAUCGUACGAGGAAGAGAUAUGUGAUCAGGGAGGAUGACAAGAAUCGGGCGGCCGAAUAUAGGCCAUCAGGUCUUUGA